UAUGUGUGUGUGCUAGGGUUCUUUGUGAGUACGGGCAUGGGAGUUUAAAAAAAAAUCUAAAGCGGCAGUUGGACGCAAAACACGCCAAUCAGUUAACGGAGAAAUUGGUGCGCGUGAGGGGGGAGCUUACGGGAAGCGGCUCGCGCAUGUUAACCGCCCACCUCGGCAGCUGAAGGCAGCGGAACAGCAGAGGAUGCAGGCGGUCUCUCCGUGUUAGCUUCAACUUCGCUAGCCUUCCUUUAGCUCCAGUUCAACGAACAUCUCCGUCGAAGGGAUAGCCAGCGGUGUGGUGUGAACAACGGAAAGGCGUGUUUAUAAAAACGGCUCAGGUUCUUUUUUGUCGUUUUUGUCUUCCGGAAUAAGUGACUAAACGCUGCUGCCGUUUUGGCCUGCUACACGGAUAUCCUAGCUAAAAAAAACUAGCCGCAGCCUCUCCUGGAGCUUUUUCACCCGACAUCCCUCGCCCCGAAACAGAAAGAGAAAUGCCACACCUCGCUGGCAAACUCAGGUGGACGUCUCUGUCUCUUUAAAGGGGAAGUGGUGUGAUUCCUCAGCUAUGAGACUCUCCUCUCGGUUAUAAACGGUUUUAUAAAAUGGAGCUUUACUGGUAUAUAGUUGUCAUAAUAUUCAUCAUCAUAAAGAUCGUCUUCUACGUGUGCUGGUACCGGUCAAGACAAAGGCAGCUGGCGGCAUACUUGAGCAACACGCGCAAUGCACAGAUAGUCAUCGUGGGAGGAAGGGCCUACCUUCAUCAGAUGUGUGAGAGACAGAAUCAAACGUCUGUCUGGCCCAGCUGGUACGGCGUCCAGGAUGACCUUUCGGCCGAGGAACCCUCCUCAGCUCUGCCUCCGACUGCAUCCUUCUCCCACCUGGAAAGACCCCCGCCAUACGAGGCGGUCUCUGGAGAGGAUGACCUGAAGCCGCCUCCCUACAGCGAAUGCGCCCAGAGCGUCGAGACGGACCGCCCUCAUCUCUCCUCCAACACUCCUCUCAUUUCCGAGGGAGGAAACGCCGUUCGCAUCGGCGAGGCUCCGCCCCCAUACACACUGACUCCGCCUACAGCAGCCGGCCCCCAGCGCGGCCCUCUAAGCCAGAGCGAGCCUCUGCCAGAGAGCCGGGCCGCUUGAACAGCCUCCGAUUCCAGUUUGCCUUUCUUCUUCCCACCCCCCCCCCCCCUCCUCCCAUGCACUGCCUUCCUACAUCCAACCUCAGUGAUCGUUGCCAGCCUUACUCUCACAACAAGAGAGCAAAUGUUUAUUUGGGUGGUCGUGCGCCUGUGUAUGAGUGUGUGCAUUUGUUGGUUUUAAAAACCAAUUUGCUUUUCUACUUGUAGUA